AUAACUUUCUCGCCCUACUGUUUACAUACGAUUUGACAGCUCCAAAAGAAGUUCUCGCUGGUUCUCCCUUGCUCGCUUGCUAGACGUGCAUUGCAGUUAUCGCGAUAACUUCUCGCCGGAUUUGUAUGGGAUGACGUUUGUUUGCGAAGUUCUCGUCGAGAAAUUCUCCAACAUUCGUCAUCGUUUGGACACGGUUUUAGAGCAUAAAUUCUCGCCAUUCUCUUCUCAUUCUCGUCAUUCUCGCUACCGUCUAGGCGCGUGGUCAUAACAAAAUUACAAAUUCAAACCAGGAGCCGCACUGAUUGGACGCAUCCUCCUUAAUCAAUCCGGUCGUCGAUCAAGAUGAAGCAACAACUGUUUGUCGGUAAAAUUGUGCACAGCAAAUCGGUGGACGAGCUGGUUUGUGAUGGUUUUGUGGCUGUUUCAUCGGAGGGUAAGAUCGAUGCAGUCGGCGAAUUGUCGCAGUUGAAGGUGCUGUUACCAAGUGCAGACCAGUAUGAACGGGUGCAACUUGCGUCAACACAAUUUCUGCUUCCGGGCCUGAUCGAUGCACAUAUUCACGCUCCACAAGUGCCGAACAUUGGCCUUGGGCUAGAUAAACCCUUGCUCGAGUGGCUGGAUUCGUACACCUUCCCGCUGGAGUCCAAUUAUCGCGACCCCGAGUUUGCAGCGCGAGUCUACAAAUACGUGGUGAAUACCACCAUCGCGAAUGGCACGACAACCGCUUGCUACUUUGCCUCUAUCUUUACGGAAACCAACAAAAUUCUGGUCGACGAGAUGCUACGCCAGGGGCAGCGUGGCUUCGUUGGAAAGGUAUCAUCGAACCGGAUGUGCCCCAAGUUCUAUGUCGAAUGCGAUACCGAAACCUCGGUAAAGGACAAUGUGGAUUUCAUUCGGUACGUGCUGGACAAAAAGAGUGACCUGGUUCAGCCCAUAGUGACUCCCCGGUUCGCCAUUACCUGUGACGAUGGGUUGCUGCGUGAACUGGCCGGGCUGGCCCGUACCUACAAUCUGCACAUACAAACGCACGUAUCCGAAAAUCUCGGAGAAAUUGCCACGGUUAAGGAACAGUUCCCGCAGGCACCACACUACACCGGGGUGUACGAUGAGGUUGGCCUGCUGACGAACCGUACCGUGCUGGCACACGGUGUUCAUCUUGAGGAGGAUGAGCUGUUGGUGCUGGCUGAACGGGGCACCUCGAUCGCACACUGCCCGAGCUCGAACACGAACCUCGGUUCCGGAUUCUGUGACGUGCGACGGUUGCUCAAAGCGAACGUUAAGGUUGGUCUGGGAACGGACGUGUCCGGUGGUAGUGAAGCUUCCAUUCUGGCCGCGAUGCGAUCCGCGUUGGCCGUUUCGCAGCAUUUAAACUUUAUGAAAACCCAGAAUGUACUAGGUACGGGCCGGGUUGAACCAUCGGACGAAGGAGGAAAACAGCAAAGCUACAUUCCACUUACUUAUAAGCAGGCCCUGUUCUUGGCCACGCUCGGCGGAGCACAAGCUUUAGCGAUGGACGAUAAAGUGGGCAACUUUGCUGUUGGAAAGCAUUUCGAUGCCCUGGUGAUCGAUACGGAACUGGCACCGAUCGGAGGAGACCGUUUGCCGGAAGCGUUAACGAAAGAGAAAAGUAACGAGCAGCUGCUGCUGGAGCAGGUUCAAAAGUUUGUCUACGUUGGAGAUGACCGCAACAUCGUGAAGGUGUUCGUUUCGGGCAAGCAAAUAAAAUUAUGAUUCAACAGCAGGAGGGCACACAGAAGCAUAGCUUCGGGACAAAGUCAUAGUGCUGCGUUUCCUAUGAGGCCAAAUAUAAUUGAUCACUUCCUCA